AUGAAUAGCCUAGGUCGCCGUCAGAUGCAGAGAUGCACGGCCCUCCUUUCCCAGUACAGAUACGACUCAACAACAUCAUCGUCAAGCAGCAAAAAAGCACGAAAGCUCGAUGUCACAGACAAGAGAGUAGCAGCCAUCAGAGAUAUAUUAUAUGCAGAAACCACAAAACCGACCCACAUGCCUCAUGGACUGCCUCCACAGAUGGAUGUAGCCCAUAUUAAGCCCGUCAAGGACACCAUUGAACGGGCAUGGGCUGUAAAGAAAAUGGAUGAGAAGCACGCCAUCGUAGAUGAGGUCAAGAGGAAAUAUACCGCAAUGAGGAAGGCUAUGGAAGCUCUACAGUCUAUAGAUUCUAGAUUGUUUGAAGGUGCUGUAGCAAAUAAUCGUAUUGAACGAGGAACAAACCUACAUCCAGCAACUAGCACCCCAGACAAUACUACUGCUGAAGGCGAUGCACAAUCGCCACAGCCUGUAUUGGUAUUUCCUCGCAGAUUAAGGGUGCCAACAGAGACUCCACCUAUCAAGGGAUGGAAGUAUCAGCUCACAGCUCCAGAAUCCAAUAGUGAUGGCAAGUCAGCUUGA